CCUGUCACUUGUGUUGAGAGCAGGCACCACGAGAAGAAAAAUGAAAACGUGACAAGCAAAGCAAGCAUUUUGGGAGCAUCACUGCGCGAGAGGUGAAGAAAGGAGCCUGCCUGCCUGCCUGCCUGCCCUGCGCGUAUCCGCGCGCGUGUGUGUACGUGCGUGUGACUUCCUUCUAAUCUAACCUAACCUAACCUAACCGGACCUGUGAGGGAUGUCAGGCCGAAGCGGUGCAGCUUCUCGCGGCUGCAGCAACUCCGGCGUGUCGCUGCUGCCCCUCCGGGCCAUGGUGCUCUACCAGCUGCUCCCCAAGACGGCUGAGCGGACCUCGGCCCGCCCGCCCAAGCCCACCAUGCGGCGGACGCUCUCUUUAGAUGCCAUCCUGGCGCCGUACCUGCAGGGGCAGUGGCCCAAAGAACCCAAAGAGGGCCCGGCGGGACUCUGCGAUAAGGCCACACAGACGCCAUUUUGUUGGGCAGAGGAGACGCGGGCCAGGAGAAGUUUGGGCGGUCACAAGCGAUCAGCAUCGUGGGGCAGUGCUGAGCACCUUAAGGAGGUGGCCAAGCUGAGGCAGCAGCUGCAGAAGCGAUCCCGCCACGCCGCUCCUUCUGCGCCAGGGUACGAAGCGUGGCACCGUCCGCCGACUGCGGGCGUCACCCAGGUGCCGUUGAGCGGACUGGCCUCGCGUCUGCGGCGAAGCGACGAGGGCCUCAACUUGGAGCUGGAGGAGGCCUUUGUGUCGGAGAAGCGGGACGACCAGCAUGAGCCGUUGGACAUCCCGGACGGGCACAGGGCCCCCGCUCCGGUCCAGAGGUGCAGCAGCGGCUCCCAGAGCGAGUCGUCGCCGGGCCCGCUGGAUCUUUCCUUGUUGUCUCCUUCGCAGUCGCCGUGCGCUUUAGAUUCUUUCUUGCUGUCGCCGUCAAGCUCACCCUGCUCUUUGAACCCUUCGCUCUUCUCGCCGUCCGAGUCACCAGGGUCUCCUACUCGUGAGGUCGUUUGUCCGUCUCCUUCCGCGCUUUUCCAUCCUCCCGCGUUGCCAGCGUGCUCGUCCCCCACCUCGCGGCUGCCGCGGUUGCCGUGCCCCGACCAAAGUUUUUCCUUCCAGCGGCAGCCGCCGGAAGGCUGCGAGCCGCUUGGAGUGUGUCGGGACACAAUGUCCACCUGUCCGGACGAGGCUGUCCACCUGCAGCCGUCUUGUCCCGACCUCAAUAAGGUCAACUUCACCCCGCACGGAGGCUCUGCUUUCUGCCCCGUCAGCCUCCUCAAGCCCCUCCUGCCUUCCAUGGACCUGCUCUUCCGCGGCCUGUCCGUCUCGCCCGUCAGCGGCUGCCCGGGCCAGGCAUCUCCCACCAGGCAGCUGGGCAUGCAGUGAGGGUCACGCUGGACUAGACUUGUCUGAGUUUAUUUGGG